UUUGACACAUUGCGGCAAACUGGCAAAGUGAGUAUAGUCGUGUUGUGAGGAGUAGGUGUCAUCUUAAAAGUGUCAUUCUAGGGUUGCUACGAUGGCUGAUGAAUAUACCAACGGGGCUCCAGAGAACGGGAAUGUACCGGAGAUUGAACUGAUCAUCAAGGCAUCAACUAUCGAUGGCCGCCGCAAAGGAGCUUGCCUCUUUUGCCAAGAGUACUUUAUGGACUUGUACCUGCUGGCUGAACUCAAAACCAUUAGUCUCAAGGUGACAACGGUUGACAUGCAGAAACCUCCACCUGACUUCAGGACCAACUUCGAAGCAACACCACCACCAAUCCUUAUUGACAAUGGUUUGGCUGUAUUGGAAAAUGAAAAGAUUGAACGGCAUAUCAUGAAGAAUGUUCCUGGUGGCCAUAAUUUGUUUGUUCAGGAUAAAGAAGUAGCUACAUUGAUAGAGAACCUCUACAGUAAAUUGAAGCUGAUGCUAAUUAAGAAAGAUUCAACGAGCACCCACAGUCUCCUAUCACAUCUUCGCAAGAUCAAUGACCAUUUGGCUCGUAAGGGUUCUCGCUUCCUCACAGGUGAUACGAUGUGCUGCUUUGACUGUGAACUCAUGCCUCGACUGCAGCAUAUUAGGGUUGCAGGGAAAUACUUUACAGAUUUUGAAAUUCCAAUGGAACUGACAGCACUGUGGCGCUAUAUGUACCAUAUGUAUCAGUUGGAUGCAUUUACACAGAGCUGCCCAGCUGACCAAGACAUUAUAAAUUACUACAAGCAGCAUAAAGUGGAAACCAAUAAGCCUGGAGCAAUGAAAAUGAAGAAACAUGAAGAGCUAGAAACACCUACAUUUACAACAUCAAUUCCUGCUGAAAUAUCCCUUGAAGAUUAAACCAGAUGCAGUAUAUGGUGAAAGUGAAGCAGAAGUUGAUCAGUGCAUUUAUUUAGUAGAACGAAUAAAUUAAGGUGUAGCAGCCAGUGCUGCAGGACAUGAAGUGAACCGUCAAAUGCAUCUUAAUUUUUAUUUUUCUAUGCAUUUACGGCUGUGCAUUUAAGAAUUUUCUACACACCCGAGAUGCACUAUGCCAUUUUGCUGAAGUUGAAUAAUUUUGCCAUUAACGUAGAGGACAUUUACAGCAAUUGUUAGUUCUACUGAAUUUCUGAGACAGUGACACGGUAGUGUAUUUGAUAAAUUGGUUCAUUUACUGUGAAUUAAUCGGUUAGCUAGUUCACAAAGCUUUUUUACUUUGUGAAUAUGAAAGGAUUGUCUUACUGACAGUCAAAUGUGGCACCUACAAUUUGAUAUUCAGUUUUUCUCAAUGUUUUAUUCAAUAAUACAAAUUUUUAUUUUACUGGAAAGCAAUAAAGUUCAUUAUAUUUGUAGAAUUUUAAUAUACAGUAUUUAAGUUGUUUUCCUGUGUGUAUAAAACAUCACACGUUUUGUGUCAUUGUGUGAACUGUAUUUAAGAACUUUUGUUUCAUUACAUGGAAUUACUAAAAUUUGAGUCCUUCACCGUUUGAUAAAACAGGAACACAUGAAUUUUAAAUCCAUGUAGUCUACUAUUAAUCAAAUACAUGAACAAUUGAGUCUCUAACUCUUUAUCUGCAGUUGUUUGCUCUUUAUAUUGUAAUACAAUUUGAAUAUAUUGUAUAUUCAGUUACUACUUGCACUUCAGACAGAUUUAUAUAUGCUGUGCUUUCUCAAAAAUUAGUUAUCUAAUUCAUGUUCCCCUCCUUUACCAAGGAAAUACUUUUUUCUGUAACCAUACAGUGUACAGAUUUCAUUUGACACUGAUGCUGUUUUCUGCUAAGGAUAAUGUAUUCUUGAGAACAUCUGUCUUCCUGUCAUUGCAUUAUAAUUUUUCGUCUUGACUAUAACAUGUCGUUAAAACAAGUGUUUGGAGAAAUUAAUGAUAAACUCAGACAGACACAGGAUUAGUAAAAGCACAAAUAUUGAAGUUCAAAUUAAGAUGUUCCUGUUUAAUGGCCUACUCCAGACAUUAUCCCAUGUACCAUGAUUUUGUGCCUUCAUGCUAAAAGAAUGGAGAGCCUAAUUUGGUAUUAUUCUAUAAUAUUCUCGAGCAGUGUCUAAGAGUACUUACUUUUGUAAUAUUUGCUGUAAGACUUGUAGUGGCGCAUUGGUAGAAAUUUUAGAAAUUAAUUUGUUUAAAGGGUAAUUGUCUGCCAAAUUCCUAACCAACAGUGUUUGGCCUGUAAAUAAUGUAUUUUAUAAGAAUUUCAUUGUACAGUGUCCAUUAUAAAACCAAAUUUAAGGCUUCAUUGGCAAUCUGUGAAUUGUCAAGUUCUCUCUUCCAGAAAUGCAUAUGUUUCUUACAGAUUUAAUCUGUCCAGUGUAAUGUAUACUUUUUAAUAUAAUUCAAAUGUGAAGGUAUUUGUCAGAAAUGACGCCAAUAAAAUUUAUAAAAAAUA